UUGUAUGCACAUGUACGUAUUGCUUUAUUUGCUCAUUGCAUUAUAGUUCUGAAAUUGGGCGAAUUGCUCCUUCGAUAAAUACAUGCUAGUGCAUACUAUUGGUAGAGAGCUGUGUGUUGUUUGGUCGCGCUCCUGGUGGAGUUAUUUGGCAUGGAACAGUUAGUCUCGCUGUUGAAAAAGGUGAAUUGAGGACAUUCAUCGCAAUGGCAGGCUUUGCUUGCUGUCCAGUAGGCACCAUCACUAAUAAGUGUAACUUGGCUUCUCCUUUCGAUCGGCAUACCAACUGUCAAGCUAGCAAACAAACUGAAACUAAAGUGCUGCCUUGCAGUGAACAUGUUCAUGCUCGUGCCAGACCACCACCAGCUCCUGCAGAAGUACCGGUUUCACCUUUAGGCCCUUCACUUCAUUCGAAUAGCAGCUCCACUGUUAACCAUUCUGGACUUAGCUCAGCGGACGCACAGUCGUUACGUCAUGCUCGGCCGUGGCCAGCACACACUAAUGGAGAGGGUCAGUGCAAGCUAGAAGAAGAGGAGGACGGUGAUAGUGCAGAUUGCUACGACGGCAUACAUAUCCUAGAACAUGCCGCUCAGUGCAUGGCCGCGUUGCCUCGGAUACCAUCCAUGGCUCUAUUUCAAGUUGAAACGCCUGGGGAUGCCAAGCCACUGGCAUCAGCGCUAUCACCCAAUAUGCAGUGUAUGGCAGUGGGCUGUUCGGACUCUUCGAUACGCGUUCAGCGUGUGACGCUGCCGCCCGAUUUGCAGCAGGGUGAAGGUGCCAGUGGCACGUGUGAUGCGCCGUUACCGCCAUCGGCCGGUGAUUGGCAAGGCACGGCGGCGGACUGUAUUUCGCGAUUGCGUGGCCACUCCGGCCCCGUCUCGGGACUGUGCUUCUGCCCGGAUGACGAGCUACUGGCAACGUGCUCACACGAUGGUACUGUGCGUCUCUGGGAUUUGGCGAGUGGAGCGCUCAAGUCCACGUCGCCCUCCAUGAAUAGUCCCGUGUGGGACGUAACAUGUCCGGAUCAGGUCAACGCGCCCGCCGUGCUGCUCACCGCCUCGGCCAAUAGCACUGCCCAGCUGUGGCAGAUCAGCGAAGGCUCCACGGAGCUGCGGCAGAUUCGGCUAUACGCCGGGCAUUCGGCCGACGUCAACCGUGCUAGGUUCCACCCAUCGCUGACCUACGUGGCGACUGGCUCGGCGGACGGCAUGGUCAUGCUGCACGACACGCGCGGCAAGGCGUCGCGGACACUCCUGCCAGCGCCGCGCGCGUCAGUGGACUGCUUGGCGUUCUCGCCGUGCGGUUGCUAUCUAGCGUCGGCCGGCGAUCGUGAGCAUGUGCUGAGCGUGUUUGAGGUCGGCUCCGGUCAGCUGGUGGUGUCGGUGGCACAUGCACAUCGCGGCAGACUAUGGUCACUGUUGUUCUGCGACGAUGGCAAGUACUUGCUGUCGACGGGCGCCGACAAUGACGUUCGCCUGUGGGACUUCCCCCUGCUGCUCAACUCUACCCCGGACUCAGCACCACUGGCAAGCGUGCAACGGUCCGUGCUUACUGCACGAGCAACACCACCACCCGCAGUCGCACCACCUGCGCAGCCUCGGCUAGUGGGCGACGCGGCGACCGGGGGCAUUUGGCGACAGUACCGCGCAAACGUGGCGGACUUUCGCCCGCGCCUCUCCGACGUCCACUGCCCGGACGGCGUGCGACUCUUAGGUGCUACGUUUUGGCGCACGGACACGAUAGCAGUACAUGGUGUAUCCAUAGGGACUAGCUAGAACUUUGGACAGCUCAGCAACUGAACUCUUUCCCGCUGGGCUUAAUUAUUUUAGAAAUAUAGGUGCUCGGUGUCUAUCAGAGAUAUUUUUUUUAUUCAUCCGUUUUUAUAUUCUUAAAAAGGACGAGAGUCGAAACACCCUCUCAUACGCAACCUUCUGGCUGUGCCAGUGUCUCUCCCCACUGCCCUUUACACGAGCAGUGAUGGCUUUAAGUUAUAGUAAAAUUAGACCGUAUCAUUAUCAUCAUCAUCAAUCAUCAACCACGAACCAUCAACCACCACAAGUCUUCGGUGUUGUGGUACCGGCCCGCUUCGGUCUCUUCUUCCUCUUCUUCUUCGGUCUGUCUCUCUGUGCUCUGCCUUCUGGUGAUGUUAUCUUUACUCUACUGGAAAUGGAAGACCCUGUAAUACAUCAUUCUUCUCCUCUG